ACUCCGGAAAAGGAAAUUGCAUUAACGUCUUCAGUCGGCCAGUCGCUUUGGUCGCUCCGCGCUGUGUUGGAUGGGUACAGUAUAAAAAUGGACUAAUGGCAAAAACCUCGAAAUAAAAUGGCAAGGCGAGGAGAAGAUGCCUCAACCCAAGGUGAAGCUGGUGGUGACGGGAGAUGAUUUUGGCUACUGCGAGAGAAGAAAUCAAGGAAUCGUGGAUUGCUUCAGAGCUGGUGCGAUCUCCAAUGUCUCUCUUCUGGUGAAUGCAGUCUCAGCGAAGCAUGCGGCAGACCUGGCCAAAAGGUAUCGCAUCCCCAUCGGACUCCAUGCAAAUCUCUCUGAGGGUCUUCCAGUGUCUCAGGAACUGAAGGGCUCAACAAUCCUCAACAAGGAUGGGUUCUUCCAUGGGAAGAUGGGCUUCAGGGAAGUUUUGCAGAGUGGUCAGCUCAAGAUGUCAGAGGUGGAGGUGGAGCUCAGAGCCCAGGUGAAUCGUUUUUGUGAACUGGUUGGCCACAUGCCCUACCAUAUGGACGGCCAUCAGCAUGUACACGUGCUGCCAGAGGUGCGAGAGGUGUUCGCCCAAGUUCUCUCUGAUUUUGGGGUCACCUACACACGGGUACCAAUAGAACCUGGUCUUAAAUCCUGCACCUUCCUCCCAUCACAUCUGCAAGACUUCAACACCCAGGUUAAAAAAGAUGCCCUUGAAUCUAUCGAGGUCUUUCAUCGCCAUGGAAUUAGGUGGCCUGAUGUAUACCUGGGCCUAAGCACCAUGGGUAAGAACAUGUCUGUGCCCAACCUGAAACGCGCUUUGGGCUUCGCGCUGGAAGCUUCACUGGAUGACGCUGUGACUUCCCCAUUAAUACUGACACCGUCCGAUGACGGCCCGACCGACUCCUAUCGACCAGUUACAGCGGAGCUUAUGGUGCAUCCGGGAUAUCCAAGUCAACAUCAGCAGGGUGGAUGUGGAGAAGGACCAGAUGACUUCUCACAGUCUGCAGACCGACUGCACGAGCUGAAUACUUUGAGGGACCCUUUGGUGCUUCACUACUACAGGCAACAGGGGAUCCACCUCUGCGCCUUUAAAGACUUUUAAACACUUAAAGCAGAGCAUUUCAAACCGAAUGCAUGUCUGCUGUUAGGAAAUCUUGACCCACACCUCAAAAUAUCAAUUAUUUAUAUUAUAGGGUGAAUGCUUGGUUUGGGAAAAGGCAGAACAUCAGCAUUCAGUGUAUCUGUGGUGCUUACAAAGCCCACACUAAACUAUUUGAAGCUUCUACCUGUUAAAGUACAGCCAAAACAAGAAUAUUAUACCAAUAUUUCAACAAAGACACAAGUUAUUAUUAGAUUGACAUUUUUUUAAAGCAGGCAUUCACUUUAAGAGCCCAGUUCUUAUAAUAGGAAGGUGCCAUUUUAAUUGGAAAACUUUUGCCUCAUUUGAGCUGAGAUUUCUCUCAAAUAUCGCAGAGAAUCCAAUAGCAAUCUGUAUUUAUGACUGUAACAUACUAUGUGAAGAUUUUAACUCAACAUAACAUGUAGCGAUUACUUUAUAUUUAAAAAUUCAAUGCUAUUUUUCAGGUGCAAUGUUUUUAAUGAAUGUAUUUAUGAUAUUUUUAUUAACUUGAAUUAAAAGCAUAGUACCAUU